AUGGAAGGAAAUAUCCAGGAGGCCUUGCGGUAUAUUGAAGGAUUUCCUCGUGCCAAAAUUGCCACGGUUGCGCGAGAGUUUGGCGUACCACGCGGGCCGCUGAGUUACCGCCUCGAGGGCCGCACCACACUCUCAGAUCGCCCACCAACCCACGCAAAGCUUACUGCCCCCAAUGAGAAGGCAUUAUGCCGCUAUAUCGAUCGCCUUCAUCGUAUCAAUCUCGCUAUGCGUGCUGAGUUUGUCACUGACGCGGCAAAUACAAUCUUGGAAGAGCGGUGUGGGCCAGAGGAGGCUCUGACUGUUGGGAGAAAGUGGACUGUUCGCUUUUUCAAGCGUCAUGAAGUCAAUAUUUAUUUCCAACGACUCUCUACUAUCUUGAUUGAGGAGGGGAUCCCGCUUGAAGAUAUCUGGAAUAUGGAUGAGAUUGGAUUCCGUAUUGGGAUUGGAAAGGACCAGUUCAUUGUCACCAAAAGGAAGAGAGCUCAUUAUUUCGGUAUACCCGAAAAUAGAGAGUCUGCCACUGCGAUUGAGAGCAUCUCUGCAGGAGGGCGUGUGAUCCCUGCCUUCCUCAUCCUUUCAGCACAGAUGCAUAUGGCUAAGUAUCUCGAGUGGCUUGAGCUCUUCAAUAAUUGGCCGGCUCAGGGCUCCCUGGGUAAGAGGCGCCUCCUCAUUGUGGAUGACCACGGUUCCCACCACACCAAGCAGUCCAUCCAGUACUGUGAUGAUCACGAUAUCAUCCCUUUUGGUAUGCCUCCAAAUCUUACACAUAUCCUCCAACCCCUUAACGUUAUGGUCUUUCAGCCACUGAAGCACUACCAUGCAAAAGCUCUGGGUAUUAUGGUUCGAGAUACUCUUGUCCAUAUUGGGAAGCUUGAGUUCCUUUCUUGUAUAGGCCAUGUGCGAGACCAGGCAUUUAAAGAGAGUACAAUGCGCUCUGCAUUUAAGAAAACCGUGAUAUGCCCCUUUAAUCCACAGGCAGUCCUCGAAAUCUUAGCCGCUCGACAGCCGGGGAGUACUCCCUCUCCUCCAUCCACCGCAUUACAGUCCUCACCAUUUGGUACUCCAGUAACACUCCGUCAAAUGAACAAGGUAGCGGAUAAGGUUGCCAGAGUAAUCCAGGAAGAUGAGAUUCUUGACCCUGAUCUUCGUUGCGAAAUGAGUCGCUUCAUCAGAGGAUCUCUCAUUGGCUACGGAGCUGAUACAAACGAAGAUAGACUUAGGGAUGAGGAAAAUGGCCGAGCACCUUGCACAACAACGUAA